AAGAUCAAGAUCACCGCUAUAAUAAUCAUCAUCAGCCGUUUGUUUACAUUCUCAGACCCCGAGAUUACUGUGCCUGAGUCCUGAAGUUAUUUGUGUAUUGGGCGUGAUGGUGGUGGUACUGUGGCAGAAUUGGGGUGAACACGUUGGGCGGCAGUUACCACACUUCCUCGCCUUCUCCACACUUACAGACGUGACCAUCAGUGUGGGCGCCGCCAGUCUGAAGGCACACCGCAUCAUUCUUGCCUUCUUCAGCCCCUUCUUCAGAAGAAUGCUGGAGGAAGUGUCUGAGGAGCGUCCGAUGGUGGUGGUGUUCCCUGGAGUGAAUUUUGAUGCCCUGCAAUUAAUCGUCUCGUACAUGUACCAUGGCCAGGUUAAUGUACCAGCUGACAUUCUUCCUGCAGUGAUUGACCUUGCUAAGAUGCUCAAGGUCAAAGGUCUUAUUGAACUGCCUGCACAUCUAGACUCUGUGAUUGGUGCUUCAAAUCUCGGAAUGGAGCAGAACACACUGACUAACACACACACAGAAGACGUAUGCCUAGAGGCGGGGGAGGGGGUGGUGGAGUUGGAGGUAUCUGCUGGGGACCCCCUGACCCCCCAUCUGGCCCCCACCUCCACCACCACCACCACCUCCACCACCAUCACCACCACAGCCCAACCUGAUGUGCACAGGAUUGAAGAAGAGGAAGAGGAGGAUGAAGGAAUGAAGGUUGGCAGGAACAGCAGCGGUGUGGAGGAAGGGGUAGUGAGGGUGGAUGUGGGGGAGGAGGAGGAGGAGGAGGUGGAAGACCCGCCCUCCCUCCUCCUCCCCCCGGACCAGGCGAUUCCUCUCUCCCCAGUGUCUCCCCACCUGACCCCCACCCAUAUUGUGAAGUUGAGCGAGGAUGGGGGGAUGGGGGAUAUGCUGUUGGGGGGGUACCUCACCCCUCCCACCACCUCCACCACCACUACCACCAUCACCACCACUACCACCACUGCUGCCACCACCACCACCACACCCUCAGAGGAGAUACAGGAUGGUGAGAAUGUGCCAGCGAGGAAGAAGAGGAGGGUUUUGCAGAAGUUAGCAAAAUAUGGGCCAGAGGAGCUGCAGAGGGCCCUGGGGGAGCUGCGGGCAGGGGUGGGCACACUGAGGGAGGUAGGGGAACGUUGGGGUGUGCCUCACUCUACCCUGGGGAUGGCGGCACGACAGGAGGGGAUGCCAGCUCCCUCACGCCCCCAACGAUAUGAUGGACAGACGCUGGAGGCUGCUAAACAGGCCCUUAGAGCUGGGUCAAGUUACCUCAAAGUGUCUCGCGAUUACAACAUUCCCAAGAGUGUCCUGUGGCGUCGUUGCCAGCGGGACGACACCAAGGCAGAAGGAGGGGUGCAGGAGGAUGUGACCAGCCCCUCUGCAGCCCCCCAGUCAGCCCAGCAGCCCCUGAGCCGGAGAAAACCAAGUUACAAUGUUUGUGAUUUAAGUCAAGCGAGAGAGUUGUUAGUUCAAGGUUCCUCUCUAUCUCUGGUGUCUAAGGAAACUAAGGUACCCAAAACAACAUUAUUCCGCUUAAAGGAACAGUUAGUGGAAGCCGGACUCCUGCCUCCCUCAUCCAUAGCCCGUCUGCCUCAUCCACGCCGGUCUUGCGAGGUGUCCCUGCAGCAGGCGGUGGCAGCGUGUAGGGACGGCAGUAUGUCCCAGGGCAGGGCGUCUGAGAAGUUUCAGGUCUCCAAGACGACAAUAUGGCGGCGACUCAAGCAACUUAAAGAAGCAACACCACAACACCCUCCCAACACCACCACCACCACCACCACCACCACCGCUAUGAAGAUGGAGGGGGUGGAGGAAGAGGAGGAGGAGGAGGAGGAGGAGGAAGAGGAGGGGGCCUAUGGAGAUAUUGGUUUAGGGUACCCCCCCAAAGUGUCCUCUGGCCCCCCUCCCCGGCGGUGAAGAGGGAGGGGGAGGUUGGGGUGGGGGUGGGGGUGGAGGUGGUGGGGGUGGAGGAGGAGGAGGUGGAGGAGGAGGAGGAAGGAAGAUAUGAGCUGGAGAUGCCUUUGGUGAAUCUGCCAGGGGGUGGCUACCAGGUGGUGGGGAGUGAGAUAGUGAUAGGGGGGCCAGGUGGUGGUGCUAGAGGCCCCCCCACCAGCCCCCUCCACCCCCACCACCACCACUUCACCUCCACCACACCACCACCACCUUGUUGUGGCAGCGUUUGAUCAGAUGGAAGGAAUAGAAAUUGAACAGACAGACAAUUUAUCAGAACCUGCCAAGCAUUUACACUAAGAAGAGGAGGAGGAGGAGGAGGAGGAAGAGAGGAGAGGAGAGGAGGAGAAGGCCAAGGAAGAGAGGAAGAAGAAGAAAAGGAUAAAAGGAGAACAUGCAGGAGGAAGAGAAAAAUUAAUGGAAGAGGGCUAGGAAGGAUUGAGAAGAGAGACUAAAGGAGGAGGAGGAGGAGGAGGAAGAACACAAGGGAAGAAGAGGAAGAGGAGGACAGUAAGAAGGUGUGCAGCACUCACCUGGGCACCUCCCACAGCAACGCCGCCAGACACAGGAGUAGGGGCCCGUGGUGUUGAGGGGGACGGGGCUGAACAGACUGAAGACACCUCCAGCUCCUCCUCCCCACGCCCCUCGCUGCCCGGC